AUGAUUAUUAUUUUGCAAACACUAACAAGUACUUUUCGUUUAACUUCGCCACACUUCAGAAUGCGUGAAUACAAUAUCUCUCCACAGCAACGUGUAAUUUGCUUUGGUCAGCUGUAUGGUAUGUGUGACCGACUGAGCUUCCCCCUCGGACAAGGAGGCUAUUCUGUGUACAAAUAUGUUCCGUACGGUCCUGUGGAUGAGGUACUGCCCUACUUGUCACGAAGAGCCAUGGAAAAUGGCUCAAUUUUGUCCAAUACGAAACUGGAGCGUCAAUUAAUGUGGCGUGAACUGAAGAGGCGGAUAGCAAGUGGAGAUUUCCUGCAUCGAUUAUGA